UGGAAAGUUCCUGGAAAUGGUUCUUUGGUGCAGGACCGUGUUUAUGGGCGCGCACUGCCUUUACUGCCCCGCUAUCAACAGUGAUGGUCGGGCAACAUGUUUCACCGCCGACUGAUUCUCCAGACGCGAAGACCUGGGCUUUGAAAUGCAGAUCUCCUCGUCAUACAUUGACUAGCCGUCAUACAUCGGAGUCGUUUUGCGCGGAAUAGGAGACGUGUGUUUUACAGGGUCACCGUCGAGUCGCGCGUUGGAUGUGUGCGCAAAACCUACCACCUCCUUCCACCCGGACCGGGUCUGGCAACAUUCUACACCUUUUAUUCUAAUGCGGAAACUUGAAGAUACGAGGAAACACCAUGAGAGCAAACAUCUCCCCCAGGCACCGCUGAUCGUCUUUGCACACACACUGUGUCAACGUUUCAAGCAGAAGUUCAAAGCGUUUGGAGUCACCUGGCUGGUCAAGCGUCCGUCUGAUGUCCGUUCUGCUGGCCGGCUGCAGCUAGACAACAAGGUCGUUCCACCAAUGACCUGCCAGUCCUCCGAGCCUCCAGACGCCAUCCAGCAGCAUGACAGACGGGCGGACAGCGACCCGAGGGCUGGAGACUCCGACGAGAAUCGCAUCGCGUCGGCUAUGAAAGAUCUGAAGAACACAGGCUGGUACUGGGGCAGCCUCACGGCUCACGAGGCGAAGGAGAUCCUGCACGACGCCCCCGAGGGGACCUUCCUGGUGCGGGACAGCUCGCAGCGGGACUACCUGUUCACCAUCUCGGCCAUGACGUCGGCCGGCCCCACCAACCUGCGCAUCGAGUUCAAGGACGGCAAGUUCAAGCUGGACUCGGUGGUGCUGAUCAAGCCCAAGCUGCGUCAGUUCGACAGCGUGGUGCUGCUGGUGGAGCACUACGUCCAGCUGUCCCGCAACAGCUCCAAGGCCGGCGGGAGGGACGGCGCCAAGACGGGGGGCGGGGCGGCGGCGGCGGACAACCCUCCGGCGGCGGUGGCGUUGCCGCCGGCGGCGCCCAGCGGCACGGUCCAGCUGCUCCUGACCAAGCCGGUGUACACGGCGGCCCCCGCGCUGCAGCAUCUCUGCCGCGUGUCCAUCAACCGGAGCGCCCGCAGCGUACGGGACCUCCCGCUGCCCAACCGGCUCAAGGACUACCUGACGGACUACGCCUUCAACGUCUGACGGACGGACGGACGGACGGACGGACGGACGGACGGAUGGACGGCGGAGACUGUCCCUGCCUCGCGCAGACCCGGGGGGGAUGGCGAUUGGUUAGGGCGGGCGUGCGCGUGCGUGACACGCGGACGUGCGCACCCUUUGACCGCUGCUUUGAUCGCGAGGGGGGGGCUAGCACUUACAGACUCUGAGAAUGACCACUCAUCUUCAGGAGGAGGAGGAGGAGGAGGAGGAGUGACGGGAGGCAGGCAGUACUGUCCCCCCUUUGAGACACUCCCGGUGGCGUCCUGAGCGUCGUGGGCCCGGGGGGGUCUUUGACCUUUUGAGACUCGUCCCAAAGGAAUAUAAUUAGCAAGAGAAUGAUGACGAUAGAACGGGGGGGGGGGGGGGGCAGGGUCCCGGGCUGUUCUCUGGGUGGGGGGGGGGGCGUCAUUCUUUCCUGGUGAGUCAUUACCGCGGUACCGGGGCUGCUCAGGUUAACCAUAGGGCGUGCGCGGGGCGCUUUUGCACACAUUAUGAGGUCUGUUCAUCGUGGCGUUUGGUGUCUCUGGAGAAAGGCAUCGAACACUGUUUUGUUUGCUUUGAUAUUCCAAGGUUUUUUUCUUCUUCUUCGUCUCUUUCGGACUGUUUUCCACCCGACCCCGUCCCUCCUGCUUUUGUAUCGUGGGUUAACCUUUGAGGCACCAGGUGCUUUACUCGGUCGACAUUGUUUGAGGACGUCCAAAACACUCGACUAAAGAGAGCUCCGGUCUCCUCAGAAGGCCUCUGUUGCUACUGUCCAAUCUCCCUCUGAGGAAUUUAUUUUCUCUUUCUUUUUUCUUCCUCCUGUGUUUCUAAGAAGCGGUGACAUGAGGCCGAGCGGUUCUAUUCAUACUCAUACUGGAGUAGUAUCCAUUAUGCUAGGCUGUACUUCCCGUCAGAUACAGCCACUACAUGCAUUCCUUCUGCCCAUCAUUACAGAAUAAGGAUUGAUACGUUGCACUGACACCAGAUCUCCUGCUAGCCUGUCACAUUACCAACAGUUCCCCCGUGAUUGGAUCUGGGACCAAGACAUUUGGUAAUACACCAGGCAUACAAACGGACAGAAUUACGGCGGUCACAGUAUUGUGACUCACUUUGUUUUUCCUCUAUUGCUGAGGUCAGUUGCUAGGUGAUAUCUUAAUUGGAUAUGUCAGUUGUGAUCGCCUUGGACUAUUAUGAAAUUGUUUUUGUUAAGGCAAAAGAAAAUGCAAAUAUCGGAAUGAAAGAUAAUGUGUUGUUGGUUCAAAAGAAUAAACUGAUAGCUGCUGUUAAGACAAAGGAAGUACAUUUUUCUGAUGGCAAUUAUGUUCUUGUGCUAUAUAUAUAUAUAUAUAUAUUAUUGUUUUGUUUAUGUAAUUGCUCAUCUCUACAGGAUUUUUUCAAUGGUUUAUUUUCUUAUUUUUUAACGCUCUUUAAGAAGUGCCCAAUCAUAGCAUUCAGGCUACACAUCGCUGGGCAAUAAAAAGUCAGGGUGAUUUCUGAAUUAAAUAUUUGGGGCCAGGUGCUAAUUCACUAUCCCAGUAAUGUCCAACCAAAAUAAAGGUAGAAUGGCUGGUCUGUCUGCUCUGAAGUAAGGAAUCCUUGCCCCGCGACGCCACAAAACAGCCAGCUGGUCAGGGAAACAUAAGGUGCGGUAAAAACAAACUGAUCUCUGCUUUGUAUUACUGGAUCUUAAUAACUGUACAGCAUACCUAUGGUCGCGGCAAAACAUUUGGUAAAAGUAUUUAUUGAUUGUGUGCAAAUGUUGUUUUCCUGAUAAAAUAUUUUUUUUUAAACAAAGCCGUACACUAUUGGAACGCAUGCUAUCUCUCCUUGAAAACACGAUGGGGAGUGAAUGUAUUGUGGUGCUGAUCCCUCAGCUGUUGUUUCCUCAUGCGCUUUUGUAGAUGCAGUCUAAAUUGAUUUCACUUUGUGAGGGUUGGGGAGGAGGGGGGGGGGGGGUAUAUACACAGAAGAAAGGCAAAUAAUAAAAGACUGGAAAAUAAAGUCUGAA